AUGCGCUUUAUUUUGAUGCUGGAUUAAUUCAGAGAUAUAAUUUUAGCCGUAAAACAUCCGGAACGGAAUAUGCACUAGCGGGCGAUGAUGGAAAUGUUUAAACCUCGAAAAGAGGGGAAAUAACUUUUAUCUUAAAUCUAAAACGCGCUUUGUUCCGUCAAUCGGUAAAACUCAUUAUGGUCCCAAAAGCGCGUUAAAAAUAUUGUUUGGCAUUCAAGGUUAUGACGUAAUACAAAAUUAUAGUAAAAAAUUUAAACAGUCUAUUUUUAUAUGAUAAAAUUCCUUCGUUUUAAGGUAAUCCGACUUUGAUCACUGUUGCGUCAUAUAAGGAGUUUCGAAGUUGAUAUUAGAAUCAAAUGCCUUUCAGAUUACUGAGUGACGGCAAGUGAAUUAUAUACGCGCACAAGGUAUAUUGUUAUAUUAACAGUUGCCACAACGUAACCGCGUACUACGCAAAACGGACACUUGGGACAGCCAGGAAUUUAAUUCAAACCGUUUGUACUUUGAACGAAAAAUUCCAUUCGUAUAGUAUUGGUGGUGUUGUGUAUUUUUACGGCCAAUGUCGUAAGCAGCAGUUUAAAACUACUAUACGAAGCGCGCGUUGGUCUUGUAACAACAUUCUUCGAUCAGGUAGAGGGUAGGGGUCAUAUACCGCGUAUGUUGCUAUAGUGGGUUAUCUUAUGAUGGAUAUAUUGUGUAAGUUUGGUUACAAAAUAAAUAAUGUCGUUAGGAAAUUCGAUAAGAUAUGUAUUAAGGGAAGCAUUGUGUGAUAGCCAAUUGCGGGUUCGUAACAAAGUGCGUCUACGUUGUAAAUUUAUCGUUUCCUAAAUUCAAUAGGAUGGUACCUCUCAGUGAUAUCUUCCAACCGAGAAUAUCUAAUUUCGAAUAUAAAGUUUAUUACAUCACACGUACGCCCACUGCCACACCUCUUUCUUUUCGAAUAUGAUUGGACAAAGCAGGAACCAAUAGGAAUCGCAUAGGAAUAAAUUACACGUCCGCAACCAAAAACAGGUAUACUACGCCAAACCAACGCAUUCUAGCAAAAAACACAGGGGAGCUAAUAUUGUAGGUAUUUAUCCAACUUUUAACUGAAAAUGAAUACUUAAACUAUAUACGCUUAGAUUGCUAUAGUUUGUCUUCUCGUACAUAAUGUCACAACAUUUACAAUCCAAACCAGGAUGGGUAAAUCCUUGAUGUUUUGAAAUCGUAGUACAGUAUUAACAAAUUUACUUUAAAAUUCCAUUUUUAGACUAAAUAAUGUCCCAAAACAUGAAUAAUGUUAUAGAAGAGAUGUUUUACAGAUACGUGAUCUUGGUCCAUUUUUUGUCUUUCCAUUUCUCUCUACUAUAAAUCAUACUUAAAAUAUUUUUGUGUAACGAACCAGAUAGACCGGCAUAUGAUUGUAAGAAAGCGGGUUUCAGCACACACCUAUAUUACACCCCCGGAAAGUGAUGCCUAUACGACUUCCGUGUUGCGCCAGAAUAAAACCACAGGCCCUGACGUACCUCAGUGUUACCAGCUACAAAAUUAUCAAAGACAACUCUAGUACAGUCAUGUCUUAUAUCGGUCAACACUAAAAUGGUUGUCAUUUUUGGCAGAGUCAAAGGCAACACUUCGAGGGCUGCCUUGGUUUGAAAUGGCAUUCUCGGUGAAGAUGAUGCAAUAUUACAAAUUCAAUCUCAUUGAUGUGGAUUAGACGAUGCCCACGUCACAGCGUCCCUCGUUUGUGAUUGGAUAAAACAAAUUCUACGUAUGUAUAUACGAAAAUAAUCAUGACAACCUGCGACUGUCACGUAAUAAUUACGACGUGGACAUUCCCUGGGCAUGAAUAUACAAAUUAAGAAGUCUAAUCAGGAGUGAUUUGACCCACGGAAUAUCCAUCUUUCCGCGUAAUUUAAUAAAUUCGUAAAAGAACUAAGUCAAACUGGGAGGUUUUCAUGUGUGCGGUCCAUGAAGCAUGGUGUUAAUACACGUAGGCAGAUUGGGCGUUAACUUUAACCUGGAAUAUACCUGGAAUGUACACACGUAAUAAGAGAAUAAACGAAAUAAACUUCAGAAGUGUGAAAGAAUAGAACCAUGAAUGAUGGUUUGUUUGUUCUUUAUAUGCGUCAUAUGCGCGUAUAAUAUCCGGGGUGAAAUCUCCCGCCAAUAUUUGAUCCUUUUUUAAGUAUGAUGGUAUUACAUCAGAACUAUAGACAACGAUGCGCAUGUGACUCAUGAGUGCACUAAUGGUGCGAAUUAACGUAACCUAAGGUUUUCGUACUUUUAACAAUGUAAGACUAUUUAUAUAAAUAUAUUAGUCAAUUAAUGUGACGUCACAAUCAGCGCAGAAAAGAACAUCCUUGUAUAGAAAUUGUGGUACAAUUCAUACAGGAUACACAGGUUAUGAUAUAUAGGUCCAAAGUUUUAUGAGUUUGUCAAGCUUAAUCGUGUGUGUUCACUCAGAACUAUUUCUGAAAAUAUGUAUUCUACUUCAUCAGUAGAUCGAAAAGGCGAUGUGCACAGCCAUGUUUUUACAGUUCAGGCGACAAAGCAAAAGUAAAACCAAAUCAUUUAGACAACCGAAACCAGAUACAUACCAAAUCGUUUGAUGGUUAACAACUAACGAUUAACUAAUAUUUUUAGACUUUAUAAACUAUAAAAUUUUUGAGGUUAAUAACACCAGCAGUUACGAUCAACCGAUUCCCUCUUGGUCAAAUAGAAUAACAAGGAUUAGCAUUAGAACAAUUUAACAUUAGAUUGGCACCAUGAACAUGUACCAUACUAAAUUGCUGCAUUGGAUGAGCAACGCUUACACCUGUCCACAAGAAAACAUAUUGUUAAAAGGUAUAAAGUUACAUAUUCUGGCUCGUAGGACGCCACGGAUAAGACAGAUAGUCAGAUAAAGUAGUCGAAAAGCAUCCAAUAAAAUCAAGUUAUGGUUCGAAAGGUGGCAAAGAAUAAGCCACAAAGUUACAAACUGGCAGCAACGAAAACACUUUGUGUUUUAAUAUUUUAAAUUGAGUACUUUAUAUAUUUUAUCAUUUCUUUGCUUGAGUUUAUUCCGAGACACGCUAAAUUAUACCCAUUUUACAUCCGCGUGUGAAAUUCAGGCUUUUUUUCUUUUCACGUUUAUAAAUAUAUCUCGCCAUCGUGCGAAGGCAGUAUGCUUAAGCCGACAGGGCACACAGCGAACGAGAGUUGAUUAGGUAGUAAAGAAGAAUUUACGAGUCCGUUUUCUGUUUGCAGAUAUUGCCGUAGACGCUAAACCACCUUUGUUUACCUUCGAAAGGCAAAUUUGAUUUGAAAGUUUUAACCAGAACGAUAUACUGUAAACAUGCACCAGGAUUUAAGAGUCAAAUCUCCGCAGAGAUUCUCAAUACAGAGUCGAUGUACUUCAAAAGCGACCGGGGAUUCUCAAAGUGAUAUCUCAUCAACUGCACUGUUUCUUUCAAAGUGUUUUAUAUCUGGCAGCCUGCGACACAACUCAUUAAGAAGCAGACAAAACGACAAAGCAUUUUUCUACAUGUUUGCCAUUGUUACAGGCUUGUUGCUAUGCACUGUGGUUAAGGGGGAAUUCUCACAUAGAAUACCUGCAUACCAAGACGUGGAGACCGCUCUACGAUCAACUAAGUGCGCGGUCCGGGAAGAAAUAGUUGACAUCCGGGACAUUCAUCCUCAUCUGCCUCCAGACGUUCUCCUGCUUCCUUCCUGCAUCCUGAUCCGGAAGUGCUCCGGAUGUUGUCAGAAUUCGAGACAUGUCUGUAAACCGACAGCCAUCUACGUCACACGGGUUGAAGUUUCCCAGCAACACGUGGUAAGAAGAAGAUUAGAUUACAUCACACUAAACUUUACUCACCACGAUGAAUGCGAAUGUAUGAGCCCUAUAGAACCAACAUGCAUACCUCGCGCAUGCGCACGACAUGAACUUUGGAAUAAGGAAGCAUGCGAAUGCGAGCCAAGGUGCCAACCGCAAGAGUGCGGACAUGGCCAAGUCUGGAACCCAAGAAAAUGUCGGUGCGCUUGUAGCCCCUGUCACCCCAAUAGACUGGUGCAUUUGCGGUUCGACCAAAACGACGUGACAUGCAUAUGCGCUUGUCGACAUGAGCUGAGGCAUAGAACUAGGUGCGCUAAACGAAGAGCGACUUUUAGCCAAAAUAGCUGCGCGUGUGUCGGACAUUUCGCCAGGGGAAAAUGAUCAGCGAAAGACUUAAGUUAUCAUCUCAUACUCUGCUGUCCAUUUUAAUACGGCACACCUUUAUAUCACGAUCAUGCCAAGAGUACGGCAUCGGAGAAAAACACUUCAAUUUAUUUCAAUUUAUCCUCCAUCAAAAUACAUUGGAUUUAAAGCCAAAUAAAGGUUUACUUUCAUCAUGGGAAAAGCCAAGACGGAUAAAAACAAAUCAUUCCAAAAACCAUCUGUCUCCUUCAAAAUUAAUGGUAAUCGCUUUUUCUUAUCCGAAACUAUAUCAGAAAAAGAUAAGGCUCAAUAGCGAGCAUUCCUGGCGGGCGAAACGAGUCAAAUUAGGAAUCUGUGAUCAUAGAAAUCGCAUUAGCGGAGCACUAAAAGCGAAAAUCAAUAAACUAUAUUAGGUUUUGUAAAGCUGUUACGUCAAAGACAAUAAGGAUAAAUUUUAAACUGAUUUGGAAACAUCAAGCGCUUCAUUUGUGUAACGUCACACUUAAUUACACGCAAAAAAACGACAGUUUAUAGAUCAGGAUGAAAAAUGCUCAAUCGUAGCGAAAAUAGUUCGGCAGUAUACUCCAUUGUACAUAUAUCCGAAACAAGGAAAACUGAAGAAAACACUUUCCGCAUUCCCACACAAGACCCAUUUCACCUUAAUAAUCAAACCAUUUUGACGUCACAAUACUCCGCAACGGAUUCACGUCAUUAACGAUCCAAAAUUCCUUAACACGAAGAAACAAAUUAAAACAACAAAAAAAUACUCUGUUUUGCCUGCAACAAAGGUGAAUUUGCGAAAACUGUUCGCAGAUGUUCUCAAAAAUGUUACGUGCGUUUAAGUUAUACAUUUAUUUUAUGUUGCGUUGUCGCCUUUCUUGUCAUUUCAUUUACCUUUGUUUUAGCUACCGGGUAGCAGAGGUAAUGUUUUACCACCAGGAUAAUAGCAUAUGUUUAUAAGUUUUCGUACGUGUGCUUGAGUGCACGACAUACGCCUUAUUUUAUGCAUUGUAACUUUCCAACUUUAUAUUAGACGAGAAAAAAUUGGAAGUAACUGCAUGAGAGAAAAAUACAUUGGAUUUAAAUACAGCACUCUAUCACCUAAUAUGAGUCAAAAUUCACUUACAUUACGACAGGGCACUUAAAUCCUUAUACUUUAAAGUUAACAGCAUGUGUUAUCUAUUCUUGGUUUGAAAUAUCAUUUUAUUUAAAAUUAAUCGUUUUUUCAAUAAUUUGACAUUCGUUACCGUUUACGAAGAGAUAAAUAAAAACAGAUUAUUAUUUUUAAAUAUUCUAAGACUCUAAUUUUGUUAACAGUUUCAUCGUAUGUACAAUUUCGUGUAUCUAAGUAUAUAACUUUAUUAUAUUUAUCGUUAUUUAUUGC